GGCGGGGGAAGGGGCCGGCCGGAGGCGGCUCACCUGGCGGGACAGGUGCCUGACAGCAACAAAUCAUGCAAUGAGCCAUGCCCCGCCCCGGACACCCCCGCCCAUCAUCUGGGCCCCCACGCUUGGGACCCUGGGAACGGCCAGCGGAGCUAUGCCUGGAGGCUUUUGAUGAGCCAUCCCAACCCCCACCAAGCCGCCGCACCCGCAGGCCAGACCCCAAGGACCCUGGCCACCAUGGGCCUGAGAGCCUUACCUUCAUUUCCGGCUCUGCUGAGGCUGCUGCUGAGCCCCCAGCCUGUUGCCUUCUCUGGCGGCCCUGGGUGUGGGACUGGUGCCGGGCUGCCUUCUGCUUCCGCAGAUGCCGGAAUUGCCUCCAGCGUUAUGGAGCCUGCAUGCGGAGCUGCAGCUCCUGCUUGUCCACUGGGGACUCCCCUGAGAGGGUUGCUGACACCAACUGGUCCAAAGAACACAAUGGAGUGCCCCCCAGUCCUGACCGUGCACCUCCUGGCCAGCGGGAUGGCCAACGGCUCAAGUCAACCAUGGGUAGCAGUUUCAGCUACCCUGACGUCAAGCUCAAAGGCAUCCCUGUAUAUCCCUACCGCAGCGCCACCUCCCCAGCCCCGGAUGCGGACUCCUGCUGCAAGGAGCCACUGGCCGAGCCCCCACCCAUGCGGCAUAGCCUGCCUAGCACCCUUGCCAGCAGCCCCCGUGGCUCUGAAGAGUACUACUCCUUCCAUGAGUCAGACCUGGAUCUGCCCGAGAUAGGAAGCGGCUCCAUGUCCAGCCGAGAGAUUGAUGUGCUUAUCUUCAAGAAGCUGACCGAGCUGUUCAGUGUACACCAGAUCGACGAGCUGGCCAAGUGCACAUCAGACACUGUGUUCCUAGAGAAGACCAGUAAAAUCUCGGACCUUAUCAGCAGCAUCACCCAGGACUACCACCUGGAUGAGCAGGAUGCCGAGGGUCGCCUGGUUCGCGGUAUCAUCCGCAUCAGCACCCGCAAAAGCCGCACCCGCCCGCAGACCACAGAGGGGCGCUCCACACGGGGUGCUGCCCCUGCUGCUGCUGCUGCCCCUGACAGUGGCCAUGAGACCAUGGUGGGCUCAGGGCUCAGCCAGGAUGAACUCACAGUCCAGAUCUCCCAGGAGACCACUGCAGAUGCCAUCGCCAGGAAGCUGAGGCCUUACGGAACCCCAGGAUACCCAGCCAGCCACGACUCCUCCUUCCAGGGCACAGACACAGAUUCAUCAGGGGCACCGCUACUCCAGGUGUACUGCUAACCCAACUAGGCCCAGUGGCUGCAGCCCCUUCUAGGAGUGUAGCCCACUGCAUUAAGAGGGGAAGCAGGACCCCCUGUGGAGGAAGUGGCUGCCCUGGCUCCUCCUGCCUCAGCUGACUGGUUCCUGGACCACGUGCAUUUCACUGGGCCACUGUGCCCACAUCGCCCUGGACUCCCUGCUGGCCUGACCCCUGCCUGGGCCUGCUCCUUCCUGCCCCUGGUCUUCAGGCAGCCUCGGUCACAGAAAGCAAAGACUUAGGAAUUACCGUCUGGGAUUGAAUCCCAGCUCUACCCCUUAACAUAUACCCCGUAACCAAACAUGCAAACUUCCCCCUCCCCAGGAUGGAGGGAGAGGGUGACAGCUCAAAGCAGCUUAUUUUAAUGGAUUGGGUUAGGGAGCAGGCAGGGCCUGUCUGGAAUUCUGUGGGCCGUGCCCACUCCACAUUACGCUCUAUUAGUUCUUGGCUGAUGAUGUUCUGGAUGCUAACAUGACCACAGUUCCAAGUACAAAGGUAACAGAAGAUGGCCUGGUCAUCUCAGCAGAUACUUUCCUUUCUGUUCAAUCUGCUUGACUGCUGCACAGAACACAACACAGGACAGGGUGCUCAACUUGCCUCAGUGCUGUGGGGCAGUCAUAAGGCUAAAAUGAUAGCAAGAAUGUCCACCUGUCAGGUUUCCCCAAUAAAGAAGCAGUUUCUGUACCUAA